CCGAGACAGGACUUCUACCGAGGGCUGGAGUGUGUGUGUGUUUGACUGUGCGUGUGUGUGUUAAUGUUAGUAAGCUUUGUAUAUGUGUAGGAGGGGAAGUGAGCAGCAUUUGGCGCUUUCCAAAGUUUCAGGGAAUGUAAUGUGUUCAUCUUUGUGUUUAGGGUGUUUGCAUAGCAGGUCUACAGUGUCGGAUUAUGAGAGGAGGUUGAUGAGAGUGACUGCACAGGUGUAAUUCAACAGGUGUGUGUGUGUGUGUGUGUGUGUGUGUGUGUGUGCAUGUGUGGCUGUAAAAAAGGGCAAUACAGGAAGUGGGAUGUAUUUUUAAGUUUGUGUGCAUUUCUGUGAACAUUGAGGAUGUCAAACUCCACCAUCAACUUCUACGCCCUGACUCAGUCCUUCAGCUCCUCUGACAUUAUCGUCAUAGUAACCUACUUUCUUCUCAACAUCGCUGUCGGCAUCUGGUCAUCAUGCAGGGUGAGCAGGAACACUCUGAGCGGAUAUUUCUUGGCUGGACGGGACAUGGCGUGGUGGCCGAUUGGAGCGUCCCUCUUUGCCAGUUCAGAAGGCUCAGGUUUGUUCAUUGGUCUGGCUGGUACCGGAGCUGCUGGAGGCAUCGCUGUCACUGGUUUUGAAUGGAACGCCACCUAUGUGCUGCUGGCUCUGGCCUGGGUGUUUGUGCCUGUCUACAUCUCCUCAGGGAUCGUGACAAUGCCAGAGUACCUGGGCCGUCGCUUCGGAGGAGAGAGGAUCAGAACCUACCUGGCUGUCCUCUCGCUGCUGUUGUCCGUCUUCACAAAGAUAUCAACUGACCUGUACUCUGGAGCCUUGUUUGUUCAGGUGUGUCUGGGAUGGAACCUCUACCUGUCCACUGUCCUCAUGCUGGUGGUCACCGCUCUCUACACUAUAGCAGGUGGUCUUGCUGCUGUCAUCUACACCGACACUCUACAGACAUUCAUCAUGAUCAUAGGAGCAAUCAUCCUUACCAUCACUGCCUUCAACAAGAUCGGAGGCUACAGCAACCUGGAGCACGUGUACAGGAUGGCGGUGCCCAGUAAGAUCAUUCCCAACAGUACCUGCCACCUGCCGCGGGAGGACGCCAUGCACCUGUUCAGAGACGCCGUCACUGGAGACCUGCCCUGGCCCGGCAUGACUCUGGGGCUCACCAUACUGGCCACCUGGUACUGGUGCACUGACCAGGUGAUUGUACAACGAUCCCUGUCUGCUAAGAACAUGAGUCACGUGAAAGGAGCUUCAAUCCUGGCUGCCUAUCUGAAGAUGCUGCCCUUCAUCUUCAUCAUCCUCCCUGGCAUGAUCAGCCGAGCUCUCUAUCCAGACACUGUAGGAUGUGUGGAUCCAGAAGAGUGUGUGCGAGUGUGUGGAGCGGAGGUGGGAUGCUCCAACAUCGCCUUUCCCAAACUGGUCAUUGAACUCAUGCCAAGUGGCUUGCGUGGACUUAUGAUAGCAGUGAUGAUGGCCGCUCUGAUGUCAUCGCUGACCUCCAUCUUUAACAGCAGCUCCACACUCUUCACCAUGGACAUCUGGAAGAAGUAUCGCCAACGGGCCUCGGAGAGAGAGCUGUUACUGGUCGGCAGGAUCGUGACUGUGAUCUUGGUGGUGGUGAGCGUGGUGUGGAUCCCCAUCCUGCAGUCGGCAAACAGUGGCCAGCUGUACGUUUACAUCCAGUCAGUGACGAGCUACCUCGCUCCGCCCGUGACCGCUGUCUUCACCCUGGCCAUCUUCUGGAAGAGGACCAAUGAGCAGGGUGCAUUCUGGGGCCUGAUGGUGGGUUUGGUGGUGGGUGUGUGUAGGAUGGUGCUGGAGUUUGCCUUCCCGCCUCCCAGAUGUGGAAUCGUGGACUCGGCACCAGCAGUCCUGCGCAGCGUCCACUACCUCCAUUUCGCCAUCCUGCUCUGUGGACUCACGGCUAUUGUUGUUACUAUAGUAUCACUGCUCACACCGCCGCCCAGCCAAGAACAGUUGUGUAACCUGACCUGGUGGACUCUGACUGAAGAGCCCCCGAGAGAAAUCCCUCUACAGAAAGUGUCCUCUGUCAGCCACCGUAGCUCCCAGGGCUCUGAGCCAACCAGGCGGAUGACAUGUGGUCGGGGGACAGGAUUGUGUAUCGCAGCGACGCGGCGCUCAGAGGAGAAUCCGACUCCCAGAGUUCAAAACAUUAAAGAGAGUGUGUUCUGGUCCAGGUUCUGCUGUGUCAAUGCGAUUAUGGUGAUCAGCAUUAACAUUUUUCUCUACGCGUACUUUGCCUGAGUAGAGGAUCAGCUUUAACAUCCUGUCUCAACCUAGUGCUGAAUUCCUGCCAAUCUCUCCAAGAACGUGAGGAAACAAACUGUGUUUUCUUUUUUUUGCUACUGAUUUGACAUGAAUCCUGCUGA